CAGUUUCGUCACCCUUCAUCGCCUGGGAAUUGGGGGUGGCCAUCAACCUCGUCCUCAUACUCUCCAGUUCCUAGCGACGGGCAGCGAUGUCGACGAUUUCCACCGCGCUACGGAAUUUCAAGGAGCCGACGAAAGAACAGCUAACACAAAUAUUCUUCUCCUUGCCUGCGACACCGGCGCCCAAUGGCUCACCGUCCGAGAAGGCGCCUGAAGAGGAGGUUGAAAAGAUGGAUAUUAAUGCCGUGUUGAGCCUGGGGGUACAAGGAGAAGAAGAUUCGUAUGCGGGUAAACUGUAUCUCAUUGCUCCUUAUCUGGCCUUUACAUCACUCGACCGCAAGUCUGUGCGCUUCACCAUCCCGCUGUCGACAAUACGGCGCGUCGAACGGCUCAAUGCUCGAGCGGGUAUCUAUGCACUGAGCCUUUCUCUCUUCCAUGGUGGCAAAUUGAUCGUCCAAUUGACGUCCCUUCGACCGGCGGCAGACCAGUUCUGUUUGUUGCUGCGUGAUGCAUUGAAGAUUGAGCUACAGCGUGGGCAGAUGAAGGCUGUCAAGGGGUUCGUGAAGACGUGUUAUUCAGAAGCGCUCGUGCCCACGACGUCUUCUAUCGCGGAUCAGGAGAGAGAGGAUGGGAGCCUUAUUAGCCAGGAGAAGGAACACCCGGGGCCUCCGGAGACGACAUACCAUGGCGGUCUUGGGCUACGGUUCAAGUUUCCUGGAGAUCCAAAGAAGCUUCGUGAAGCUUCCAAGAUUAAACUAUGGACAAAUUACUUGCGAAUGCAUGGUCGUAAUCUCACCCUUUUACGGUACCCUCAAUGUACCCGCCUUGUACAAGUCGGACUACCUAACCGACUUCGUGGGGAGAUGUGGGAAACCUUAUCCGGCUCCAUAUUUCUGCGCUUUUCCAACCCCGGCUGCUAUGAUCGGAUACUAGAGGAGAACAAGGGACGGACAAGUACCAGCACGGAGGAUAUUGAGAAGGAUCUUCAUAGGAGUUUGCCAGAGUACGCAGGUUACCAGUCUGAAGAAGGAAUCGGCGCCCUCCGACGCGUGUUGCAGGCUUAUUCGUUCAAGAAUCCCGAACUUGGUUAUUGUCAGGCAAUGAAUAUCUUGGCAGCAGCCAUUCUUAUAUAUAUGUCGGAAGAGCAAGCAUUUUGGCUGUUAGAAGUUUUAUGUGAUCGCCUACUUCCUGGUUACUAUGCCCCCUCCAUGCAUGGAACACUACUAGAUCAGCGAGUCUUUGAGUCCUUAGUCCAACGGUGCUUGCCGAUGAUUCACGACCAUUUCCAAGAGGUGGAUGUUCAACUUUCGGUUGCGUCGUUGCCCUGGUUCUUGAGUCUGUAUAUUAACAGUAUGCCCAUGAUUUUCGCUUUUCGGGUUGUGGAUUGUUUCUUCUGCAUGGGCCCGAAAGUACUAUUCCAAGUGGGAAUAGCUAUUCUCAAGAUCAAUGGGGAGAAGCUUCUCCAGAUCCAAGAUGACGGCCACUUUCUCAAUCUCAUGCGAGAUUAUUUCGCAUCUUUGGGAGAUUCUGCACAUCCGAACUCGACCGAUCCUCGUGCGCGAGCAAUAACACGUUUCCAAGAGCUCCUUCUGGUGUCAUUCCGUGAAUUCUCGGUCAUAACGGACGACAUGAUCCUUUCAGAGCGCAAGCGGUUCAGGAGCGAGAUCAUCCAUAGUAUAGAGUCUUUUUCUAAACGUUCUGCUGUGCGGAACCUCAAAAGUCUAGGCAGAUUUAACAAAGAACAGGCUGGGCUUGUCUAUGAUUCGCUGUACAGGGCAAUGUGUAUAUACCCUCCUCCACCGGCUGUGCCUCUCCCUCCCAGUCUUUUGACACCUGCCGACGGGACAGAAGAGAAGCCUGAGACCAGGAUUGGCUUGAAGACAUUCCAGUAUUUCCUCAGCGAAAUCGCGACAUGGGCACGGGACGAGCGAAUCGUCCGCAACGGCUUCCAGCAACGUAUUGAUCGUGAAAUGGCAGAGCACGAAUUCAUUGAUCGCCUUUUCUUCUUUUGGGAUACGUCGUGCCGCGGUGCCCUGUCGUUCCAGGAUCUUGUCUCCGGAUUGGACGGCGUCAUGUUCAAUGAUCUAAUGGAGAAUAUCGAAUGGUUCUUCAACCUUCACGACAAGAACAAAGACGGUUAUCUCACCAAAGAUGAGGUGUUGACUCUUUCGGAAUCAUUUCUGUUUAUAUUUCGUUAUGAGAUUGGGGAUGCGUACCUCGGAGCCGUCAGUCGAUUCAUGACUAAUGCAUUCGAAUAUGGAGAUGCUCUUUUACCCCAACCAGAAGACGAAACAGGAGAGGAUGGCGAGCUAUCGUCACCGCCGCAUAUUGCGCCUAAUCAGCCGUAUCUGAACUUAGCGACAUUCCGAAUGGUUGUACUGGCAGAUGAGGUCCUUGAGUCCUUCUUCGAGACCGACCUGUCAGCGUCGUUCAGACUUGACCCCCUACCUGACAUGGAAUUGCCGAUAUCUAACAGUGGCCUAUUAGGCGAUAUUUGGUCUACGAUUGCCACGGAUAGUAACAAGAGGAUGUUCAACAUGUUCACAGAUGAGAUUGGAAAGACGAUUGGGAAACAUCAGGUGAUUCAUCGGCCCUCUAUCGGACGUUACACGAAACUUGAAGAACCCAAGGCUCGGGAGUCGCUUCUCACGCCAUCUAUGCGGCACUCCUCGUCGAAAGCAAGUCUCGAGUCGAGCGAGAGUUCUUCGACGCUCGUAGCUUCAUCCUCGACGCCUAGUGUGGAUAUAACAAGUGCUACAGCAGACUCUGUGUUCUCACCGAUGCCUAUGGUACAAGCAGCAAAUGCUGCGCUCAUGGAACGCACUGCAUUUGCCAUUGAUGAUGCUAAGGACGACGACGACGAUGAAGACUUUGAUGGUGAUGAUACACUAGACGGAGGCGACAACGUCAUGGACGAGGUCGACGCUUUCCUAGAAGCGCAUGAUUCCGGAUUAACUGAUGCGGACAAAGAGGUGGCUAAAGAUUUGUUGAAUGCCGAACCUGUUAGCCAACCACGUGCAUCAUAAUCGUUCCGGACAGUCGACAAUGCUUUCUUUUUCUGUUCACAACAAUUUCCUGUCGCAUUUAAUGGACCAUGUAUUAGUAUUAUCAACACUGAGUAUCUUCCAGCCUAACCCCUUUUCUACACCAAGAUGUACAUGUUAUUGAUGAUCUGAAAGUAAAUCUACACUGUCGUCAUGAAAACCGUU